GGCUCAGACGGCGUCUGAAGCAGAGAGAGAGAAUCGAGACAGGGACUCAGACGUGCAGAGAGAAGGAGAAGCUGAGGCGAGGGAUUCUCAGCCAGCAACAUGCUAACCUGUGGGAAAGGGAUCCUGCUGAUCAUCAGCAUCAUUCAAGUCCGCAUGUCCUCGACAGCAUGGGCCCACGUCAAGGCGUUGGACGCUGGAUUGGCUUUGGACGUGCAUGCUCUGGAGGAUAGACUAGCUGUCCUGGAAAGUCAUGAACAUGAUGAAGCUCAUGACCAUCAUGCCGCCCUCUUCUCUGUCUCCUACUCGGAGGGCAACAGCAUAAACACACCCAAUGUUGUCUUCGCAUUCGACCAGGUCUCUCUGAACAGAGAGGAGGGCUACAACAGCACCACUGGGAUCUUCACCUGCCCCAUUGCCGGUGUCUACUCCUUCGUCUACACCUCGCUGCCGGCCCGGGGAGUGGAGACGUCCGUUGCUCUCAUGAGGAACAACGUCAAGGUUAGCUCCAUCUACAGUGACCUCUCGCAGGGUAGCACGCAGUCUGGCGAGCGCACUGACCUCAUUCUCCUCGCUAAGGGGGACACCGUGUGCAUACAGCUCGAGAAAGGGACUGUGCUGAGACAGCAAGCCUCCCUGACCUUUAACGGAUACCGGGUCUCCGAUUAAUCCACUCCCGCCUCACCCUCAAGGUGUAAUGCCCGCACUCUCUCCCCACCUUGAUACUCCAGCACCCUUGUUCUGGUUCCUCUCUUCACUGUGACAAUCCCCUCCUGGCAUCUGGGCUUCACUCUCUCCCUCGCUGAACAGGUCUGGUUGGCUCUCUGUGGUGGCAGAGUGCAGGCUCUGUGUGUACAAACGGUAAUGAAGUGGGACUAAGAAUUUUAAUUUGCAUUUUACUCUGCUUCACAAAUAAAGGAAACUGCAUUGCA